AUUUGGGGUCGGCGCAGCAUGUUUUCUCCUUCGAUACUCUUAUGUAUUAUAUGUAAUAUAUAUUACUACUACAUAUUACUAUAAAGAUAUUACUACUAUGUAUUACUAUACAAGUAGAUUUGUAUAGUUCUCGGAGAACAAAAUGACUAGCAGAGGUGCCAUAACUGUAAAUCGCCGUGUAAAGUUUAAAGUGAAAAGUGUAAAGUGAAACUGUAAAGUGAUCGUUUUGGUCAUGCUCACAGUACGAAUUUGACCUAGGAGGCAUCUGACCUGCAUUAUGGCAUCUCCGCUCAUCUUUCCUUACUUCGUGUUCUCGCCAUAUUUAAUGGCGGCUCGCAGCUAAUUUCCGUGUACAUACACGCAUAUGACUCAUAUCUCUCACAUCUCCGUCGCCCAUUGAUAUCUGCGCACCGAGCCGCCAUUAAGUUUGCAAUCUACCUACUUGACAGCUUGGGGCAUGCUGGUGUUAUUGUUUGUUCGUAUGCAGUUUACUUAGUUUGAUUUUAGUGGUUUAGUGUACUCGUUUUUGCAAACUCUUAAUUAAUACCUUCAGAUAAAAGUUGUGGAAUUAAAAAAUGCACUCAUUUAAACUUUUUAUACAUGUUAUAUUGAUCAAAAAUUGAUUGUUUUUUCUCACAAGUUUGCUUUGUUUAUUUACAGUGCUUGCACGUUUCAACUGGUCAUCAAAGUACCUAAUAAUUGAACAAAAAAUGUUUGCAUCAUAAUUCGAUAUCAAACUAAUAUUUGAUCAAUGUAAAUGUCACCUUUUAAAUGCACGACUUUAUGACUUUGGUGUUUGUAUAUUUUGCACUCCUUUAACUACUUUUCUAUUUUUAUUUUUUUUGCACUUUAUUUCUAAUUUAUUUUUUCUCAUCCACUACUAGCUUGAACAACGUGAAUCUUCCAUGUGGCCUAGUGCACAGCCUUGGGAUAAAUGUGACGAAUCCGACUUUACCUACGAACCCCCACCCACUACCCGCUCACACGACCCCCUAACUAUCCAAAUAAAGAAAAACGAACGACCCGUCAGCCAGAUAGUCGAAGAAAUCAUUACAGAUAGCAACAAAUUUAACAUUCCCGAUAAAAUUAAAGCUCGAGUAUUAAACAUUAAUUACGCUAACAACCAAAGUAAAAACGACUCCUAUCUCUGGUCGGUGUCUAUGGCCAAAAAUCACAAUAGUCUAUCAACAAUAUCUGAGGACAGUGUGCCCAAUUCUCCUCUAAUGUCGCCGACGUCACCCGAAAUAUAUAGUUCCGUUUUCUUCGAGUUCCCCGAUCAAGUGGAGAAGGCUAACGAAUACUUGGCUUGCGUAGACUUAAUAUUGUGGGAGCGUCUGUCAUACCUAAACGUAUAUCCAAACGUCUCUUUGCUGCGUCACAAAAGUAAUAGUUCCUCAAAAUCUAGUUUGAAGCGGUUUAUUAGGAAGUGGUCGAAGAAGGUUAAACCCGAGUCGGAUAUAAAGGGUGAGGUUGCGGUUUUGUCUCUGCCUGGCUUGACGAGUAGUUCGAAAGCUAUUAACGACCUUGGGAAGGAAGUUAAGAGUAUACCACUGAGUUCGUCCUUACUCCUACUGUCCCAGACCCGUAAUCUGUUGUUCCCUGACGGUGCAUGGUACUAUAACUACUUGGAUAGUGUAAGUUUGGUGUUGGUAUUGCAUGUACUUACGCUUGAGCGCUGACUGCAUGAAUCGUUUCCGCAUGACAUACCUUUUGCAUGAUUUUCUUCAGGGCAAAACUCACUGUUUCUACUUACCUGAUGUUUUAACUUAAAUUAUUCCCUUAAGCAAGUUUUAAUUCAGGAAUAAAUAUAGUAAGUCUUGAAGAUGGCCACAAUAAAAAAACAAAAGAACGCUAAAGAAAACCUUUUGCUACACACUUACUAAAGCCCAGCACUAAACAACUAAAUAUAUACACUAAAGAGCUUUGUUACGUAUACUGAUUCUAUCGCUCGUUGUGCAGUUCGAAGUGAAGGAGAGGAAGCGAAGGCAGGAGGCCGCGGAGGCCGCAGAAC